AAACCAAUCCCCCUCUAAACUUCUCUGCUUCUUCACUCUCUCUCGUGAAAAUAAUGGCGACGAUGUUAUCUCCAACCCCACCAUUAUCAUUUUCAGCAAACCCAAACCCCCGUUUCACAGUCCCAUCAAAACCCACUUUCCAAUUCCUCAAAUUAACGACGAGAUACUCUGCGGACGCUAAAUCCACGUCCAUAGGUUUUAGUUUCAACCGCCGAAGCUGUGGCAGGCUCCUUGCUGUUGCUGAGGAGACUCCGGUGGAGACACAAGACCCAGAAUCUGUGGCGGCAAGGAGGCUCUACGUUGGCAACUUACCGCGGACUGUGAACAAUGACGAACUCUCUAAGAUUGUCGCAGAACACGGUGCUCUAGAAAAAACUGAGGUGAUGUAUGACAAGUACACUGGGAAGAGUCGCCGAUUUGCAUUUGUUACAAUGAAAACCGUUGAGGAUGCAAAUGCAGCAACUGAGAAAUUAAAUGGCACACAAAUUGGAGGACGUGAGAUCAAAGUAAACAUCACAGAGAAACCUUUAACGAAACCUCUACUAAAAGAAGAGGAAUCCCAGUUCAUUGACAGCCCCCACAAAGUUUACGUGGGAAAUCUUGCAAAGACAGUAACCACAGAUUCUCUUACAAAGUUUUUUUCUGAGAAGGGAAAUGUUCUUAGCGCAAAGGUUCAGCGGAUUCCAGGCACCUCAAAAUCCAGUCGGUUUGGUUUCAUUACAUUUUCGUCAGAGGAGGAUGCAGAAGCUGCUAUUUCGUCUUUUAACAAUUCUUUACUGGAGGGGCAGCGAAUACGUGUAAACAAGGCAUAGUAUUGCUGAUGCUACAAUACCUAGUGUUUUCAGACAAUGUGAACUUCACAUCAAGCAUAAUGCCAUCCAAUCCUUUUUAGCUGUAAAAUUUCAAGCUUUAAUUUGCUUCUCUGUGUUAUGUUUUGUAUUGACAUCCAGACCUGUCUAUCUUUGAAUUCAUUGUAGACUCAGUUGCAUUAGAUGGACAGAUAGAGUAUUUGGAGACAAAGCUCAAUCAGAUGAUGUUUAUGUCAAGACACUUAUCUUUCUAGAUAGAUAGAUCUUUUAAUGAAGAAGACUGGAUCAUGAUUCUAGCUUUU